AUGUCUGCCUGUAACCGGAUUCUCAUCUUCGGAGCUACGGGUCUCAUUGGUCGUCAUAUCGUCAGACAAAUACUUACUCGGAAGGGCGACUUUGAUCGCAUCGCUAUAUUCACCUCGCCCGAUACAGUCAAAUCAAAAGCCAGCGAGAUCAAAGAAUUAGAGACUGAAGGGGUCGAGAUCCUUGUCGGCAGCUUGAUGAACGAGGCGGACGUCAGGAAUGCAUAUGAAGGAAUCGAUACGGUCGUGUCGGCAGUGGGAAGGAACAUGAUUCAGCACCAGAUCGAGUUGAUCCGUCUUGCUGAUGAAACACCCACCAUCCACCGCUUCUUCCCAUCUGAAUACGGCACCGACAUUGAACAUGGUCCGGAAUCAUCAACAGAGAAGCCACAUCAAAACAAGCUCAAGGUCCGCUCAUUCAUCCAAUCCUGCAAGAAUCUCGACUACACCUUCUUGGUGACUGGUCCGUAUGCCGACGGAGACCCGGGACUCUAUCUUAGUCCCAACCACGGCGCAACACAUACUGGUAGUUUCGACGUCAGGAGCAAGUCUGCAGUCCUACUUGGGUCAGGAGACCUGAACAUAGCCUUUACGACUAUGGCCGAUGUAGGAAAAUUACUCCUGGCGGCCCUUCUUCAUCCGGAAGCGAGCCGAAACAAAGCUGUGAAGGUCAAGUCAUUUACCACAACAGAUGGUGAUAUCUUUGAGGAGUUCGAAAAACAGACGGGAGGGGAGAAAUGGCAGGUGUCGUAUGCCAGCAUCGACGAGUUGAAGCGGCUGGAAAAGGAGGCUUGGACAACGGGUAAUCAUCUGGCCACUCUGAUCACCCUCAGGCGAAUCUGGGCCACUGGGGGCACCUUGUAUGAUGAAUGGGACAACAAGUUGAUUGGUGAGCCAGCAGUGCAAUCCCUAGCUGAAGCCGUAGCGACUGCCAUCGAUGUCCAGUUGCACGGCGAGCAGGAGAUGAAGCGCAAGUUGGUGUAG